GGUUUUUUUGAAAAAACCCCUGUGCUCAGUCCCUCAGAUCCCUAAUUCACCCACGCCUCAGCCCUAAUUCAACCUUCCCUCUUCCCCUUCCAGAACCCACGCCCAGCUAGAACCCACGCCCAGCCCCAAUUCGUCAAAAUCAGCUCGUGUUUUCUCUUGCCUUAAGCUCCGAUGCCGACGCCCAUCUAAGCUCCGACGCCGACGGCCAUCUAAGCUCCGACACCGAUGUCCCCCUCGAAGUUUACCCGUCGAACACCCUCCGCCAACUAGAGGCGCUCGUUCGUGAACCCCAGAGAACGCUGGUCAGGUCAGUUCUUCUUAUCCCACGCCGACGUGUCUCCGAUCCCACGCCGACGCUGGUCAGGUCAGUUCUUCUUAUCGUAUUGGAUGGAGUUAUAAGUUAUAUACCAAUCAAGCUUAAAUAUAGCUUGAUCCUUUCUAGCCACAAAUUAUCCAAUCUAUCAAAAAGAAAUAAAUCCACUUGACGCUAGCUUUUGCUAGAGCAGGCUGAUUUUGUUCUCUUGAUAUGCAUAUAAAUAAAUUAGAACAUUAUAGUGGUAAAACUAAUGAAAAUAAUCUAAAGAUGAAAACGAGAAAGAUUCUAGUUUAAAAUAUAUUUCCCCUUAAUAAAAAAAAUUAGUCACAAGGAUAGCGAUGACUCAAUGAGACCAUAUUGAAGUUCACUGUAUGAGGUCAUACAAGGAGAAUGGAGAAGAUGAGAAGUUAUGUUUGUGCAGCUUGCAUUGAUUUCUACAGCACCAGUUUUGGUACUUAUCCCUUUUCUGCUAGUACUGAUUUCAUAUGGAGAAUAAAAAAAAGACUAUGUUUCAAAAAUAAUAAGUACAACCAACCCUUUUAUGAAAAUAUUAGCACACCCCAUAUCUUUUUGAUCAAUUUUAUAAAAUAUUGCUUUCAGGGGGUAAAAAGAAGACAAAUGGCUGAAACUGGUGAUAGUAACAACAACAACGAUUUCAUGCCUUUUCCAACAACGAUGCCUGUUUCAAGAAUGCAAAUUGGUGAAAAACCGUGUUUAGGAAUGAUCUUUAGUAGUCAUGAAGAGGCCUACAACUAUUAUAACUCGUAUGCUUUGAUGAUGGGAUUUGGAAUCAGAAAAAGGUCAGUGAAUUACUCCCAAAAAGAUAAACAAGUGUUGAAUAGAAAAUUUUUUUGUGACAAAGAAGGUUAUAGAUCUAAUAAAGACAAGAGAGAUAUAGGGAAAAAUAUCAAUCAUCGGCGAGAGACCAGAGUUGGCUGUAAAGCAAUGAUGAGAAUAAAAUUAUUGGAGGAUAAAACAUGGAAAGUUGUAGGUUUUAUUGAAGAUCAUACAAACCACAUGCUCAGUAGUCUAGAUAAAGCAAAGAUGCACAUGUCACAACAACAAUUUCAUAGAAGUAAAGGGUGUAAAAAAAAUGAUUCAAUGUUUGCAAGAAGAAGGUAUUACUCCUUUCACUAUUUCUCGUGUUAUUAACGCGACAAGUGGAAGAGAAGAUGAAUCAGUGACACCGCAACAAUGCAUUGACUAUUUGAAAACUCAAAGGCAUAACAAUAUUGGCAAUGAAUGUAUAUCUGUUAUCCAAUAUUUUCAAAGAAAGGCGGCUAGUGAUGCAGAUUUUUAUUUUGCUUUGGAAGUAGAUUGCACUGGACAUAUGAGAAGUGUUUUUUGGGCGGAUGGAAAAUCAAGAUCAACUUAUUUGAAGUUUAAUGAUGUUAUUGUGUUUGAUGUGACUUAUAAAACGAACAAGUUCAGUCUUCCAUUUGCACCAUUUACUGGGGUGAAUCAUCAUAGGCAAUCUACUUUAUUUGGUUGCACAUUGCUUGUUGAUGAACAAGAAGAAACAUUUGUUUGGUUGUUUCAGGAAUGGUUAAACUGCAUGCAUGGAAUAGAACCGGGUGCUAUCAUCACAGACCAAGACCGAGCAAUGUGCAAUGUCAUUCAUAAAGUCUUUCCAAACACAAGGCAUCGUUAUUGUUAUUAGCAUCUACAGCGACAUAUUGCCGAUCAUUUGCAUUCUUUGAAUUCUGUUUAUGGUGAAAAAUUUCAAAAAUAUUGGGACUUGUGGUGUAAUAGUGGUAACAUUGAGAACUGUAAUUUGCAUUGGCUCCAGAUGAAGGAGAAGUUUAAGCUAAUAGAAGAAGAUGAUGGAUGGCUGCAAACUAUGUACAUGUAUCGAGACCAUUGGGUGCCAUGCUUCUUAAAAGGCAUUUUUUUUGCAGGAAUAAGAUCAACUCAAAGGAGUGAAAGCAUCAACUCAUUCUUUGAUGGAUAUGUGAAUUCACAAACACAAUUAAAAGCAUUUGUAACUCAAUAUGAAAAGGCCGUGGCACAUCGACGAAUGAGUGAAGCACAUGAAGAUUUUAGAACUCUUAAUACAAAACCACAGCUUCACCUUGGGCAUCCAAUUGAAAGACAAGCUGGAAGUAGUUAUACCCGCACUAUGUUUCAUGUAUUUCAGAAUGAGAUCAAAGGGUGUGGUGUUCUUGGCCUUCAAGAGGUGACCAAAGAAGAAAAGUCUGCUUUGUGGCGAGUUGGUGACUUAGAUGAAAGCAAUGAAAAAUGGAGGUUUGUUACUUAUGAUGAAUGUAGAGAAUUACAGUAUAGUUGCAGCUGUGGUAUGUUUGAGAAUAGUGGUGUUUUAUGCAAACAUAUAUUGUACACUCUAAUGUUCAACAGACAAUGUUGUUCAUUACCCAGUGUAUAUAUUGUACACCGUUGGACUAUAGAUGCUCGACAUCGUAACAUUGGAGUUAGUAAUGUUGUGUUUGGCAAAAACAUUGAAGGCGGUGUAGAAAAAAUAAAUCUGUUGAAAACUUGGGCUUUGAAAGCAAAAACCAACAAUGCACUGGAGCUUGCCUUUGAGUCAGAUAAGAGAAUGCAUGAGCUUGAUUCUUUGUUAACAAGUUUCAUAGAGAGGGUUGAAGAAGAAGUCAGAGGGUGUCAAGCAAUAGAUGCUGGUAGCAGCCACAUUCC